AUGACGUCAUACGAUCCUGGCUAUAGCAUGACAUUAUUCAAUCCUGCAAUUGGAAAAUACAAAGUCAUUCCAGAUUCUCUGAAUAAAAAUCGUUGUUCGACGACAUCUCCAAUAUUUGGUUUUGCCUAUGAUUUUGUGGCUGAAGAUUACAAGGUUAUAUGUGCACAUUACUUGAUAAACGAACACUUCAACGUUGUUGAAGUAUACUCUAUUAAAGAUCAACAUUGGAGAACAAUUCACAGUGCUUUUCCAAUUUGCCCGGAUGAUUCUUCUCACACGUACCUAUACGAUAAUCAAGUUUCAUUAAACGGUGUGAUUUACCGGAUGUCAUAUGACAAGGAAAUUAUAUCUUUCCAUCUAGUAGAUGAAAAAUUUAUUGUAACACCAGUGCCAAGAACAUGUGGGGAAAGGCCGAAAUUACAUGCAUUGGGUGAUGGCGUGUGUGUUUUUACAACGCACUAUGAAUUCAAGCCUGUGCAAGUUAAUCUUCUGGAACAAGUCCUUGUAAAUGGAAAUCCCCUGCCUCCUGAUUUUGCUAGUCGUGAUUCACUACUACUAUGA